ACUCUUUGCACACCAAUUACCAUCUUCUCCAUUCCUUCCCCAAAAUGCUGAGGCCAAUGGUGGCCUUCAUUGCCUUGGUUCUUGCUCUCUACUUAUUCGUACCACAUGUGCUCGGAGCUGUCACGUGCGAGAGGCUGGACCGAAGCACGUGUGCAUUCGCCGUGUCGUCCGCUGGCACACGGUGCGUGCUGGAGAAGCGUGUGAGGAGAGGAGGACAGGAGGAGUACACGUGUCGAGCAUCGAGGGUCGAGGCGGACGGAUUGAAGGACCACGUCGAGACGGAUGAGUGCCUCAAGGCCUGCGGUCUCGUCCGUGGUUCCCUGGGGAUCUCUUCAGAUUCUUUGCUGGAUUCUCGCUUCACUCAGAAGCUGUGCUCGGCCCGGUGUUACAAUGGCUGCCCCAACAUCGUCAAUCUCUACUUCAAUCUAGCCGCUGGGGAAGGUGUCUUUCUUCCCAAAUUAUGUAAAACGCACCGGGCAAGCAAGCGGAGGGCCAUGGCUGAGAUUCGAAGCUCUGGUGGGGUGAUGCCAACUUAUGGACCAGAGGCUGCAACAUCUGCAAAGUUUUUAGCAUAUGCUCCAACUCAAUCCUCUGAAAUUCUUGUCUCCAGCUCUGCAGAGGCACCUUCAACGGUCUAAUUUGCCUUCAUAAAGGAUUCUAUAUCCAAUGUAGUGUUCUAUAGAUGUCUUUGUAAUAAGGUCGCUUGUUGACCACCAUAAAUAGUUAAGAAGUAAAGAGUAUAGACUGCAAAAGGUGUGCAUUUGAAUUUGAUAUUAGUGGUAUUGUAAGGCUUCCAUCAGAGACCUAUAAGUAGUGUCUUAUUGUUACUUCACCCAAGGGUUAGAGAUUGGGCAUACAAAAGAUGCCUCACAUAUGAUGGGUGGUCUCUUUCUAUAUAAAUCAGAAUCCUUGACUCA